CCUCUUUGCGCAACCAUUGGUGAAAAACAAACAAUGAAUUACAGAGGCGCGUUUACAAAUAACGCGGGAAACGGGAGCGGGUGUAGUACCACGUGCUAUUCAGCAUUGGUAGACUGUGGAUGCUAGACAGACUCGGGGUUGUGGGGGAAUGUUUGAGAGGGGAUGCGUUCGAUAAGCUUCGCCGCGUUGGGCGCUGGGUCCCCAUGGCAACCGGCGGGAGACACCAGACGAGUCAGUAAGUUCGGGAUAUCUGUUCCGGCGGGAACUCCACGCGGCUUCCCGCGUUUUUUGUAACACUGACUGUCAUGUUGAAAUAUUUUACCUUCGAAUGUAUUCACUCAAAAAAGUGAUUUUGAAACUCAAUUCAACGUUAUAAUCGUAUAUUCAACUGUUUGGUGUAUUUUAGUGUACUGUUUGUGUGAUGUCACUGAAUGUGAUUAGUGUUAUGUGAUUAUGUGAGAUCUUCACCAUGGUUCCCAACUCGACUCACACUUCAUGGAUAUACCUCUCGGCUGUUGUUCUCAGUCUUCUAAUUCCAAAAGGUCGCACGACAGCGCUAGUGACUCUACGCCACCACCAGCACGGCGCGCUCUCCCGGAGGUCCAGGGAGGACGGGGGUAACACAACGGAGGAGGCGGCGCCCUCGGAGUUCCUCGUGAGGCAGCACGAGGAGGCGGUGCUGUUGUGUGAGGCAGUGAACAACUCCGGAGGCAGUGUGCGGUGGCGACACAACGGAGCCGAGGUAGAUCCUGGACACAGAUACUCCGUGGACCCGUCCUCUGGCAGGCUGACCGUGUCCAGUGUGCGACUGGAGGACGACGGCACGUGGCAGUGUGAGGACAGAGACACUGGAGUUGUAGCGAGGCCCAUCUGGCUGGUAGUGCUAGAUCCUCCACGGCCGCCAUAUCUACUGAUAGACGGGCGAAGGUUAGAUCCAGGCAAUCUGUUCGUGCCAGUCAAGGAGAACACGAACCUGACGAUAGAAUGUGUAUCGGAGGGUGGGAGUCCGAGCCCUACACUACAGUGGGUGUUGAUCCCGGGAAAUACACAGACGGUGGAGGCGGUCCCGGGGCUGCAGCUCAUCAAAGAGAACGUCACAGAGCACCAGGGGCCCGGAGCCCGUAGCAAGGCCCUGCUGAGGGUGGAGAGGGCCCACCACAACGCCACCAUAGCUUGUCUAGUGCACCACGCUACGCUGCCUACGCCUAUCAACGCCUCACUACUGUUGGAUGUGCAGUACACACCAUCUUUUGGUAUAAUUAGACUUCCCGGUUUUGGGUUUCCCCUACGCGAAGGGAUUCCCGUCAGCCUCAAAUGUGAGGUAGACUCCAACCCUCCCAGCAGUCCAGUCUGGCAGAAAGACAAUGCGCCGCCACCGGUGGAGCAGUCUGACGACGGAUUUCUCAACUUCACCUCCAUCAGGAGAGAGCACGGUGGUUGGUACAAGUGUACCACUAAACAUCUCCUGGGGGACUUCUCUUCUAUCGCCUAUCUUCUUAAUGUUAGACACGACGUGCCUGAGAUGGAGAUGACACCCGGUGACGCUGGAGUCUCCGAGGAGGCGGCGGUGGAGGUGUCGCUAGGAGGGGUAGUACAGCUGCAGUGCCCCAGCAAGGAGGGUGGCUGCUGGGGCAAGGUGGGCAAGGAUGGCUCGCUAGACCCAGUGGGCCCAGGCCCAGGACUCCAUGUUGACCGUAUCCUCUACCAGGAGGCGGGCGAGUACCGCUGUGUCGUCGCCCGCAGCGCUAAACUCGAGAAAUACAGGUCCCACAACGUCCACGUCUCUGUGGUUGGUGGGCCAGCAGUUUACCCCAGUAACAAGACUGUGACAGUAGCCACCGGGGAUAGAACCGAGCUCGCUGUUGAGUUCUGUGCCAACCCACCACAUACCAAGGCCUUCUGGAUAAACCAAGACCGGGUGUUCACGCCCGGCCGCAUCCCCACACCUGAUGGAAUAUUUGCUCAUAAAAUAACUGAGGGCCCCACAGCACACUGCUAUGUCGCGGUGCUGGAGUUGACGUGUGUCCAGCCCACGGACCACGGGGAGUACAUGUUCCUGGUAGUCUCUGACAAGGGGGUGAGUCAAGCGUCCAUCCACGUCAACGUGACGAUGGCCAGCGGUCUACAGAGGGUAGUGGUGUCCUGGGGUUGCGUGUCCACCCUGGGCCUCGCCCUCCUGGUGCGCUCCCUCGCUCACCUCCUCACCUCCCCAGGGGACCUCCCCGUCUGACCCUCGGACAAUUGCAUCCACCGGCCAGAAUCUGUGUCUUAAUAGUACCGUAGGUCUGCCAACACCAUGUAGGAUUGUUAGGGUUGCGUCGGAGUUGGAGUGACUACAGACCGUGUUCCGGUAAUAUCGUGAAGAUA